CAAAUAACCCGAGUUGGCUUAGCAAAAAUGACUACAUAUUUAGAUGAGUCAAUCGACAGCUAUUUCUAUUCAUCUUACAACCCUUACUCUGGCAGGUAUCCCAAACCAAGAGGUGCCGGCUGGAGAAACAAACAUUAUUUAGCCAGCUAUGCGAAUACAGAGGCCUACUUUGAUAACCACCAUCGCGCGCAACUUAAAUUCCUCUUAUCCCAAAUAAACCCCAAUCUUACACCGAGGCUACGGAAAGCAAACACCAAAGAUGUCGCGGUGCAAGUCAAUCCGAAAAAGGAUGUUUCUGUGCAGUGUUCCCUCGGCCCACGGACCCUCAUGGCCAGAAAGCGAGACGCUUUGCGCAAGAGUAGACAAGAGGAGUCCCAGACACCCGGCAGUCCAGGGAGCUUUGUGGGAGGCGUGCGCUACCCUCGCACACUGGCAGUCUACUCACCUAUCGCGUCUAGGAGACUUGCAUCCUUUCUAGAAGAUGACAAAGUGGAUUCGAGUCAAGCACGGACAGGUGACCCACCUGAAACCGUGACGAUCGGGAAAAAGAAUAAAGGUGAGAAGUCUGAGGAAAAAACCGAACAGGCAAAAUACGAAAAUACUGAGCCAUGUACAAAAGCUAGUAAUACUGACCAGUCAGUUACGACCGAGGACGUCAAAGCCAAUCAGGAUGGUUUGAAAGUCAAGGCCCGCGUGAGGUUUCAGUUUCUGGAGCAGAAGUAUGGGUACUAUCACUGCAGAGACUGCAACCUGCGUUGGGAGAGUGCAUACGUUUGGUGCGUCCAAGGAACGAGCAAGGUGUACUUCAAGCAGUUCUGUAGAACAUGCCAGAAGUCCUUCAAUCCCUACCGUGUUGAGGACAUCACCUGCCAGACUUGCAACAAGGCACGCUGCGUGUGCCAAGUGACCCCGCGUCACGUUGACCCCAAACGCCCCCACAGACAGGAUCUGUGUGGCCGGUGCAAGGGCAAGAGGCUAUCCUGUGACCUCACCUUCAGUUUCAAAUACAUAAUCUAGCAGGAACCUGCACAUUAACUUUCACCCCCCCCCCUAAUACUUUUGAGAUUUUUCUUUUCUGUUCUGUUGCCUUUAUUUGCGUUAUGAAGGUGAUUGCAGGAAAACACUACUUAAUGUUAAAUAAAAUGGCAAUACCCAGCAGUCUA